AUGAUGGAACAUAGCGUGCAGACGCAGUGGUCGAAGUACGUCCAGGACUUGUACAACGCCAGGGGUCCGCCGGUCCUGAAGUCCCUGAACAUCGACGAGCUAGAGAAAAACUUCAUCGAGACACUCAAGGACAGUCCCGAGGCAUGGACGUACGUCGUUGCCGGAGCUGGUACCGGAUCCACCACCAAGGCAAACCGGGAUGCCUUCGAGAAGUGGAGGAUCCUCCCCCGCAUGCUACGAGACGCUGGCAAUCGCAACCUUGAAACCAUCAUUCUCGGCAAGAAACAACGGUCUCCCGUGAUGGUCGGACCCGUAGGUGCUCAUGGUCUCGUCCACAAGGACGCUGAACUUGCCACCGCGAGUGCCGCGGCGAGGGUAGGCGUCACGUUCUGUCUAUCGUCUCCGUCAACCCGGUCUAUGGAAGAAGUCGCCAAAGCCAAUGGUGACGGUGAACGCUGGUUCCAAUUAUACUGGCGCGUAUUGCCACAAAUGUUUUUGCCUAAGUCACAAGACAUUACCAAGUCACUACUGAAACGAGCCAAAGCGAACGGCUUCACGGCUCUUAUCGUCACUCUUGACACGAUGGUCCUGGGUUGGCGUAUCCACGAUAUCGAGAAGCUCUACAGCCCAGCCAGUCAUGGUGUAGGCGUGCAGAAUGCCCUGUCGGACCCGGUAUUCAUGGCCCGGUACGGCCUGCAGCCCAUCUACGGUGACUGGCCGGACUUCCCGUUCAACCAGCCAAAGAUCAAUGAGGCUAUUGCUAACGGAGACGAAAAACUUAAACAACGCGUCAUGCUAGCUAAAGACUGGGUACAAGAGAUUGGAGGUGAGUUCAAGACGUGGGACCAUCUGAAGUUGCUUCGAGAGAACUGGGAUGGACCCAUUGUCCUGAAGGGUAUUCAGCAUGUUGCGGAUGCAGAACAAGCCGUUGACAUGGGUAUUGAGGGGAUAAUCGUGUCCAGCCAUGGCGGCCGACAAAUCGAUGGCGCCGUUCCUUCAUUGUAUUGUCUCGACAAAAUAUGUUCCUCCCCUAAGGUCAAGGCUGCUCAGCAAAGCGGCCAGUUCACCGUCCUCUUCGACUCCGGAAUCCGCACCGGGUCGGACGUGAUCAAAGCUGUUGCGCUUGGCGCCCAAGGUGUGCUCAUUGGCCGGUUGAUGAUGUACGCUCUCGGUAUUGCGGGUGAAGCUGGUGUAGAACAGAUCUUGCGAUCCUUGCUGGCUGAUACCGAGGUCACUAUGGGUUUGGCUGGGUACAAAUCUUUGGGUGAGAUCCAGGGGAAGAGGGACGAGAUCCUGGUGAAAUGGGACUGAUUUAUUGGGUCAUGACUGGUCAAAGGCUGUCAAAGGCCUGUAGCCUUAUGUGGCCAAUCUAUCUCAUCCAUUGAUGUCUAUUAUACGGGGUGCGUAUAGGGCUUGAAUCUGGUGUACACAUGGACCCCGCGAACAAUGUCUCCUCAGAACAGCAUCUCAGGAAUAGUAAUUCGAUUCCAG